UCGACUCGAUAGAGCCACCAUGGACCUCUCCUAUUGGCCAAUUUUUUUGUUUAAGGUUGUGCGAUUUUACCAUUCAGAACGCACCACUGUGUUGUCCUAUAGUCCUUUUUACGUCGCGUUGUGCUGUUUUUCUCUCGCCUGGUGGACAGCGAAGGGAGCCUCCACCGGAAAGGAUGCGUCGUUUUCUGAACGUGUUGAGGAGCUGGUUGGUGAUGGUGUCGGUCAUCGCCAUGGGAAACACCGUGCAGAGUUUCAGAGAUCACAGUUUUCUGUCAGAGAAACUCUACACAGGCAUGCCAGAGUUUGUGAACGGACUCCAAGCUCGGACAUUUGGUAUUUGGACGUUGCUGUCGUCCAUCAUUCGCUGUGCCUGUGCCAUCGACAUCCAGAACAGAACGCUGUAUCACAUCACCUUGUGGACGUUCGUGCUGGCCUUGGGUCACUUCUUGUCUGAAGCCUUCAUUUAUAAAACUGCACCUUUAACUAUCGGGGUGAUGGCGCCUCUUAUUGUGGCCAGUUUCUCGAUCAUAGGGAUGUUGAUUGGACUCCAGUGUUUCCCAGAGACCUCAGAGGAGCUAGGGGCGCGGCAGAAGAAACGUAACUGACGGUUUUUAUUGUAUUUCUGUUCCUGUUUGGCUGAAUUGAACUCACUACACGGCACAUACGAAAAAAAGUGGACCUGGUCUGUAUUUUGCUGUAGUUUGACCUGAAGAACCAGAGAUUAUGAGUGAGCUGUCAAUUUUUUUCUAAUGUGAAACUUUUAUAAUUAAACAUAAAAUACUGGAUAAACUUUA